GAUGCCGUCCUUCCUGCUGUGGGUGUGGACACAGAUGACUACACAAAUAAUGGAGGAGAAGCUCCACUAGUCUCUCUCUUUUCACUGCAAGUUAGAAAACAGUUUGAAAGCGGAGAAGUUUCCCGUUCGGUUCCCGGUUGCACACUGUAGCUGGGAUGCUGAGUCAGGAUGGGAAAUCUUUUCGGGAAGAAGAAACAAACUCGAGUUACAGAACAAGACAAAGCGAUUCUGCAACUGAAACAGCAGAGAGAUAAACUGAGGCAGUAUCAGAAGAGGAUCAACCUGCAGCUGGAUAAGGAGCGACUGUUAGCCAAGCAGCUGCUGAAAAAUGGCAAAAAAGAUAAAGCACUCCUCCUACUGAAAAAGAAACGCUACCAGGAUCAACUUCUGGACAAGACGGAGAACCAGAUCGGCAACCUGGAGCGCAUGGUUCAAGACCUGGAGUUUGCCCAGAUCGAAAGGAAAGUGAUCGACGGGUUGAAGGUUGGAAACGAGUGUCUGAAGAAAAUGCACGAGGUGAUGUCUGUUGAAGAAGUAGAGCGCAUUAUGGAUGAAACCCAAGAUGCCAUUGAGUACCAAAGGCAAAUAGACGAGAUGCUGGCUGGAUCUUUAUCACAAGAAGAUGAGGAUGCUGUUCUGGCUGAGCUGGAGGCCAUAACUCAGGGAGACGUUGAGCUUCCCGAGGUUCCCUCAGACCAGCUGCCAGAAGUCCCAGAGGCCUCGGAGGAGAAACCGGAGAGGGAACGUCCCAGAAAGAAGCCGGAGCGAGAGCUGCUCGCUGCGUAGGAACGCCACUGACCUCCCUCAGCUCAUCUGCUGGACCUUCUCCACAACAAGUCCAACAUGAACCCACAACCACACGAACAUUAGCGGGAGACCUCUCUCUCUCUCUCUCUCUCUCUCUCUCUCUCUCUCUCUCUCUCUCUCUCCUGCCGUGAAGUAACAGCAGCCACUCUCAGAUACUGAGCUUCCUCCUCGUCAUCCAGCCGCUGUUUGUCCUCGUCUGCUGCGGGCCGACACCCAGCGGCAGCCGACACCCGACGGCGGCCGGGACCGGUUCGCUGCAGCGAGACACGCUGAUCUGAACCAUGAAGACCUGUGACAUCAGAAUAUUGUGCCUAACCUUCGUUUGAGUGUUCUUCCUCUGUGUUCAUUUUACACACAUCGACUUAACUUAACUGCAUGUAUGUGUUACUGUAACUCAUCGAAUCAUCCUCUUAAUGGGCUCCGUUAAAGGGUCAGUUCACCCAAAUUACAAACAGAAUUUUAUCUUAUCAGGUUUUUUAACUCAACAGCAGCAUCUGUUGCCAGAAAACAGUUUUAUUGGGACUACUUUCUACCAAAGAAAUGAUCUUAAACUGAAAUUAAAAACAGUUAUUUAGAGAGCAGGGCGACAUAUAUAAUGCCGAUAUCCAAACAAAGAAAAGUCAUGUAUAAUUCUGUUAUUCAUUGCACAUUACAGUCUAAUGGUUAACUUAGCCAGAAACAUGUUGUAUUAGAUGAUGAAUCAAUGAAACAUAAGAAUACAUCUGUUUAUGCUGUAGAUAGUACUGCAGGUCAUUUAAGUGCAUUAUUAUGACAAUGUAUAAUUUAUAUAUAUAUAUAUUAAUACUAGUCAGUAAUGAGAAAAGUGUUAACAUUUAGAAAAAGCUUGUCUCUGUACGCAGAAACCAAAAGGGAGAAAUUAAGUUCUGAUGUUUUUUGGUUUCAUGACGGUGCUUCCUGUCUUUGCGUACUGUUAGCUGUCAGUCUACGUAGAUGAUGAACUUUCCCCAAAGACUUUUUUAUGAAUCCAUGAAGCUACACUUUUUGGCGGCCCCUGUGGACAGAAGCGGGAUUGUUUCCGACUCGGUGGCGGGCGUCAAGAAUAUCUCUAUAGAAAUCUUCUCGCUGAUGCUCUUUGUGUGUGAAGGUCACAUAGAGGCAUCAGAAUGAAAUUUAGACUCUUUAUAACCAGUUACAAACUCCUCACAGUAUCUUUAAAAAAAUUAUUGACGAUAAAUAAAAAUCAAACACUGAAGGACUAAAUGUUGUUUCAGUUGGCAAAUAAAAGCAGAACUAUGAUCCCGGCCAGACAGCAGCAGGACUGAGUGAUAAAAUGUCUUUGUUGAAAUUUGAGUGGGCUGACCCUUUAAUGCAGGCGGGAUGGAACCAGAACCCUCUCACAGUACGGGCCUACAGGCUGCCUCACUCGUACCGGCUUUGCUUUCAUACGACUCAUUUGACCCGCCCCAGAACUUUUUGUAAAGUACGGAAACAUUUGCAUAAGCGUCUGUUUCGUCGAAUAUUCUCUCAGUCUGACCUUUUUUCAAGCAGCUUAACUAAUCUAAUUCUCUGCUCCCCUUGUGGAUUAGUUCAGUGUCAUUGGAGAAAGGGCUAAUCAUAUCGGCUGUGGGCUUACCUAUGAAGCCCAGACAACAGUUGUUAAUCUGUUCAAGGUAAUAACUUUACCCACCGAGUAUUAUCAGCUCCUGUAAUUAUUUUACUGUGCAUAUCAUGCUCAGAUUGGCUCGUAUAGACCUGUGUUAAAUUGCAGCAGGAACGAUGACCUACAUUCAUGAGGCUUAGGCUUGUGUAUCUUUGAAGAUCUAUCUAACUAAUCUGUAAAUCAGUUAAUCUUACAGACACAAAAACACUGAUGACUAAUAGUCAGGCUGCAGACGUCGUUUCAUCAGCACAGCAUCGUCUUAAUAUGGGUCUGGAAAUUGUACCUCUGUACCUCUCUGUACAUUCUUUUUACAAUAAAAGUGUUUUUUUAAUUGUCA